CCAAGUUUUCGGGGACUUCAGCGUCCCAGCAGCUGUCGAUACCCCGGGUCCUCAGUCUGGCGACCCCUAGACCGCCCCCAAUCCAGCCCCAGAAGCUUCAGGCACCUCCUGAUGUCGCGUCCCUUGGGGACCCUCCGGGAGCCCGAGGACUGCCCCAGCUCCUCUGCUUUCUAAAGCUUCUGGCUUCCUUGACUGUCUCCCUGCCCCGCAAGACCCCUGCCAUGGCUCGGUCUUACGGCGGCCGGGUGCUGGCCGCGAUGACCCUGCUGGGCAUUCCCGCGGCGGUGCUGGCGGCCCUGGCCGCGCAGCUGCUGUUCCAGCUGCAGGCGGGACGCGCUGAGCUGCGGGGGACGCGCGCCGACGUGCUGGGCCCGGAGCUGGGCACCGGCCCGGGGCUGCCCGAGGACGCGGCCGGGGCGCUGCUGCCGCUGGCCGCCGCGCUGGCCGCGCUCGCCCUGGUGCUCGGCCUCACCUGCCUGCUCCUCGCGGCGCUCUGUGGCCACCUGGGCGCGGAGCUGGCGCGAGGACCCAGCCCUGGCAGGUCCGACUGGUUUCUCUAUGAUUGCCGCCACCUCCGGCACGUGGCCCUUGGCCUCUUCUGCUGCGAGGUCUGCGUCUACCUGGCAGCGCUCUCCAUCUAUGCCCUGCUGCUUUUUGAGAUUGAGACAGGCGCCGCGGUGGCCUCCAUCCUAGGCUCCGGUGCCCUGGUUCUGGUGGCCAUUCUGACCCACACCCUGCUCCGGGCUGCCCGGGCCACCCACCAUGGUCUCCGUGAACUGUCCCCACAGUCCUUUGAAGAUAAUUCUGCACGCCCUGCCGAAGCCUCCAAGGACAGCCCCAGGGCUCAGCCCCAGCAUGGUACCCACCGUCGGACCCCAUAUUCAUUCUGCCUGGAGCUUGGGGACCCCCUUAGGACCAUGGCCACUGCCACAGCACCCAAAUCCCUGGGGGGAGGCCGGGAGAGCAGCCUGCCUACACCCCGAAUGCACCGGACACUGUCGACUGGCAUGGGGCCCUGGGAGGGGGUCACUCAAGAGAUGCGGAGCAUGCUGGGCCACAGACCAAGGGCCACAGGAAAGGACUCAACGCUGGUGUGAACCUGAGAAUCAGGAAUAGAUAACUGGUGUAAGGUAGCAAGAAGCAACUAUCAUAGAGAUAGGUCCAGGCUCAGCUGCAGUAGCAGUAAGACUUGAUUUCUCUUACAGUUUACAUCAUCCCUGGUUAUGGUCUUUAAGAUUGCCUCAUGGUACAAAAUAGCUGCCAGGGCUCCAGCCUUUAUCUCCCCACAAGGAGGGAAAGUCAGAGUCCAAGCCUGACUCAGAGUCUUCUGAAAGUCUGCCUAUGAGGCUUUGGGGCCCUUCUGCUUACCUCUCACUAGCCAGAACAGAGUCCCAAGACCAGAUCUCCAUGCAGGGAGCCUGGGAAAUCUGGUUGCCCAGAAUGAAUGAAGUUCUGUUCCAGGUAGGAGGGGAGGCUGGGGCUUAGACAGUGAUUCUCUAAGUGUCUCCAUCCAUUUUACAGAUGAGGAAAUCGAGGCCCCAAGAGGGGCAGUGACUCACCAGAGGUCCCAGUUCUGAGCAUCAGAGCCAGGAUUUGCCCCUGGGUCUCGUAAGCCCCAUGUUGCUGACAGAUGGUGCCAGUCUCAGACCCCGCACGAUGCCCCCCCCCCCCACCUGCCCGGGGCUGUGAAUGUCUGAAACCCAUGUGCGCCAAGCAGCCCACAGCCAGGCGCAGACCCGGAGGCUGGACCCACCCACGCGCCUGGUUGCAGGCCAGUCUGCUCUGUGCCUCAGUUUCCCUGCCUGUAAAAUGGGACUGGAGGUGACCCUGCUCUUCAGGCUGCCAAGAGACCCACGAGUCCAUACGAGCCGGCUGGGGCCUGCGCACAGUAGGUCCUCAGCACACGCAACCAUUUCUGUGUCGCUGGGGGUCGGUGUGCCUGGUGUCGGGAAAUGGCCCGUGACGAGGCGAAGUGGCUUAUGGACCUGAUGGAGCUCGGUGGGCUGCAGGACAGGGACCAGGGUCCCCCACCCUCCACCAUCUUGCACAUCCUAAAUAAA